AUGUUGGUACCGUACAACUUAUCCCUGUGGAUGAGCAUGAAACAAGCUUCUAUUAUGUUAUCCUUGAUUAUCCCAUGCCCAAGUGCACCUGGAAUGAAGGAAUUAAGGGAUAUCGGAGUACCAACUUAUGAUGUAGCCACAAAGGGUUACUUUAUAAUGCGUGCGGCCUUGAUGUGGACAAUAAAUGAUUUUCCUACAUAUGGUGAUCUGUCUGGGUGGAGUACGAAAGGGCGCGCUGCAUGUCCAUGUUGUCUGCGUAAUACCCGGGCGAAAUGCUUAAGAAAUGGACGUAAAUUUGCCUAUAUGGGGCACAGGAGAUGGUUGCCAAUGAAUCAUAGGUCCCGAAAGGAUAAGAAAUUGUUUGAUGGUAUGCAAGAAUUGGAUCCUCCACCUAUUGUGCCAAAUGGAGAAGGGAUCAUGUCACAGUUAGAAGGAGUUGAAUUUGUUAGGGCAAAAGAGAGGGAGCCGUCGAGCUUCUACGGUGGAGCCAAGAAAAAUGUGCUCGACAAUAUUAUAGGCACACUGUUGGGCAUGAAAAGUAAGACGAAGGAUAACUACAAGGCACGUCUUGACUUAGAAGAGAUGGGUUUGAGAGGUGAACUACACCCUGUCCGAACUAACCCUAACAAAACAAUUUUACCAGCCGCAUGCUUCACAAUGUCUAAUAAGGAGAAAUAUGACUUCUUGGCGGUAUUGGCAAAUGUGAAAGUGCCAGAUGGGUAUGCUUCAAAUGUAUCACGUUGUGUGAAACUUGAGGAACGUUGUAUUUGGGGUUUAAAAAGUCAUGAUAGUCACAUCAUCAUGCAACAACUCAUGCCAAUUGCACUGCGUGGAACAUUGCCAAGGAAGUUUAUAAAACCUUUAAUAGAGUUGUCUUCUUUAUUCAGAGAGAUUUGUUCCAAAACAUUGCGAUUAGAAGAUUUGGAUCGCCUUGAAGCUUCAAUCCCAUUCAUUUUGUGUGAUAUUGAAAGAAUCUUUCCGCCAGGAUUUUUCACAGUGAUGGUGCACGUUGUCAUACAUAUGGUUUGUGAAUGUGAAGUAUGUAGGCUUCACGUUGACACACUAAGUCGUUCAAGCGAUAUGGAAAGCGUAACGAUAGAGGAUUUGAAUAAGAAGCAUAUCGAAGAAUUUUUAGAUUGGUUUAGGGACUAUGUUCAACAAAUGGAUGAGCUCCGCUUAAAUGAAUUAGGAGAAAAGUCGAAGUGGCAUGCCAUAGGGCCUCUAAGAACAGCAUCAGAAUUUAAGCGAUAUGUCAGCAAUGGCAAUUUGUUUCGUACUAUUGAGAAUGAUCAAGGAAAGACAACCCAUAAUAGUGGAGUUAGUGUACUUGGUAUAGAUGGCCCGACAUACUACGGCAUGCUAACUCGCAUAUUUGAGGUGCAAUAUUACGAUGGAUCACAUUAUGUGCUAUUCAAGUCUAACUGGGCGGAUGUAACACGUGGCAGGGGAUGGACGAAAGAUGAAUAUGGCUUAAUCCUUGUGAAUUUCACUCGCCUAAUACACGUUGGUGACAAUAUCGCUGAUGAUCCAUUCAUAUUGUCUUAUCAAGCAUCACAAGUAUAUUAUGUUACGGACGACAGGAACCCAAAUUGGGUUGCUGUAGUUCAUACAAAAGCAAGAGACGUGUACGACGUCGGUAAGAGGGAAUCAAACGAAGAUAAUGAUGAAACUUAUCGUGAGUGCGAGCCUUUCGACCUUCAAAUCCAAGAUAUGCAUGCAGAAGAAAUUGAUAAUUAUGAGUUGGUUCGAAAUGAUAUAGAAGGAACAAUAGUAGAUAAUUCUACGGUGGUUCGAAUAGGAAAAACUUCCGGUUAA